AUGUCAUCCAAUGAAAAUAUUGAAAAUGCAAAAAAACAAAAAGCGACAGAUAAAGAACCUAUAACCAAGGAGAAAAACAGCAAUGCUCAACAAACAAAUAAAGAACAAAAGGCAUCUAAAACAAAUACUACUCCGAUUAAUCGACAAAUAUCAAACACUUCUGCUCAAUGCAUGAGUGAUAGUGACGAUAAUGAAAAUAAUCCUACUAAUAGAUCACCUGUUCGUAUGACACGAUCAUCGUUUUUUUCGUCUAAACUUAGUCUUCGUUUUGAUAAUUCCGAUGAUGAGGAAAAUUCAUCGUAUUCGUCAUGGGCUCAACGUGAUAUAGCCGAAUAUCGUAGUGGUUAUCCAGAUGCACGACAAUACCCAAGAAUAAAAGAUAAUUAUGACUUUUAUAUUAAUAAAAUUUGUUCUCAUCCUGAUGGAGAUUUUAUUGAUAACAUACAUAAAAAGUGGUUUGGUGAUUACCGUAGAUUAGAAAUUCAUCAUGGUUAUAUUCAAUGGUUAUUUCCAUUACAAGAACGAGGUCUUAAUUAUUCUGCUGAACCAUUACAAAAACAUGAAAUUGAAUUAAUUAAAAAAGAUGAGAAGGCACUAAAACGUAUAUUAACAUCGUAUAAACUCAUGCUUGAUUUUUAUGGUUUUGAAUUAGUCGAUGAAAAAACAGGUGAAAUAUGUCGUUUACCUGAUGAUGCUUACAAAUCACGUUUUCGUAAUUUGAAUACAUCAUCUCAUAAUUAUUUACGUAUAACUCGUAUUUUAAAAUGUCUAGGUGAAUUCGAUUAUGAAUAUCUCAAAUUUCCUUUUCUUGAACAAAUAUUACGAGAAAGUAUUACAGAAAAUACAUUACCAAAUUGUCUUCGUUCAUGUAAAGAUUAUUGGAUUGAAACAUUACGAAGUCGAGAUGAACGACAUGCUAUUCGACAAUAUGCAAGAGAUUUACUUGAUUAUCAAAAAAAGGGAAUAAUACCACCACAACCGCAUCGUGCUAUUAGGCCAUCAUCAUCAAUCUCAACAUCAACAACAAAAUCCACAAAAAAAACUAAACAAUCGUCAUCAAAAACAAUAAAAAAUCAUAAUAAUAGUGAUUAA